GCGUCAUUUUUGGCGGGAUAGUUUGUCUACUUUGUCUUGGACAGUUGAGGUCUUGAGGAUGUGUCAAAAUUCAGCCAGCUGCCAUGCAUGCAUUGGCUACGCCCGUUUCUUUCUCUUUUAUUACCAAAUUUUGAGUCAUCACAAACUCGAUCCUGCUUCUUAAUUAACGCUUACGCUUGAUGAUAUAAAUUGAAUUCCCAAAACCUCACAUCAUAGUUUAUGUACUCCGCCACCCUAUUCUGCAUCUCAAGAAUUUUGUAUCUCUAAAUGGCAACUGCUUCUUUGAAUCCUGCAGACACUGAAAAGCUUUCCAAGCUUCGUUCUGAUGUUGCAGGUCUCAAUCAAAUCAGUGAAAAUGAGAAAUCUGGGUUCAUAAAUCUUGUGUCUCGUUAUCUCAGUGGUGAAGCACAGCACGUUGAAUGGAGUAAGAUCAAUACUCCCACUGAUGAAGUGGUAGUUCCAUACGAAACCUUAGCUAUUCCUAAUGAAGAUCUCUCAGAAACUAAGAAUCUUUUGGAUAAACUUGUCGUGUUAAAGCUAAAUGGAGGCUUAGGAACUACAAUGGGAUGUACUGGUCCCAAGUCUGUAAUUGAAGUUCGCAAUGGAAUGACUUUUCUUGACUUGAUUGUCAAACAAAUUGAGUCUCUCAACUCCAAGUACGGAUGCAGUGUUCCCUUGCUUCUAAUGAAUUCAUUCAACACACAUGAAGAUACCUUAAAGAUCGUGGAGAAAUACUCAGCAUCAAACAUUGAGAUUCAUACUUUUAACCAGAGCCAAUACCCUCGAUUGGUUGUCGAAGACUUUGUGCCACUGCCAUGCAAGGGACAGACUAGCAAGGAUGGAUGGUAUCCUCCUGGUCAUGGUGAUGUUUUCCCAUCCUUGUUGAACAGCGGCAAGCUGGAUGCAUUGCUAUCACGGGGUAAGGAGUAUGCCUUUGUUGCCAACUCGGAUAACUUGGGUGCUGUUGUUGACUUAAAAAUAUUAAAUCAUUUGAUCCAGAACAAGAAUGAAUACUGUAUGGAGGUGACACCUAAAACUUUGGCAGAUGUAAAGGGUGGUACCCUAAUUUCAUACGAAGGAAAGGUUCAGCUCUUGGAAAUUGCACAGGUUCCUGAUGAACACGUAAAUGAAUUCAAGUCAAUUGAAAAGUUCAAGAUCUUCAAUACAAACAAUUUGUGGUUGAAUUUGAAUGCCAUUAAAAGGCUUGUAGAAGCUGAUGCACUAAAAAUGGAGAUCAUCCCAAACCCUAAGGAAGUGGAUGGGGUCAAAGUUCUUCAGUUGGAAACAGCAGCUGGUGCGGCAAUUAGGUUCUUUGAUCAUGCCAUUGGCAUUAAUGUUCCGCGAUCUCGGUUCCUUCCAGUGAAGGCAACAUCUGAUUUGCUUCUUGUUCAGUCUGAUCUUUACACAGUAGUUGAUGGCUUUGUUAUCCGAAACAAUGCUAGAAGCAUUCCUGCGAAUCCCUCUAUUGAACUCGGGCCUGAGUUUAAAAAGGUUGGAAACUUCCUAAGUCGCUUCAAGUCCAUCCCUAGCAUCAUUGAGCUUGAUAGCUUGAAGGUGACUGGCGAUGUAUGGUUUGGUGCCAAUAUAACCCUCAAGGGCAAUGUGACUAUUGAUGCAAAACCUGGCGAGAAAUUGGAAAUUCCUGAUGGGGUUGUACUUGAGAACAAGGUGAUUAAUGGCCCUCAGGACAUCUGAAGAGGAUCUGUAGUGAUGUAUCGCCAUAUUACCCGUAUUGAGUAUCACAAGCCUACAAGCUGUCUGGUUAUAUCUUCAAAGGACAAUGUAGGAAUUUUGAGGAAAUGUAAUGGUAUUGAAUAAGAGAAUUUUGUUGUAAUAUUUCUGAUGCUUGAAUUGUAUGCCUCUACAAAAUGCCCAAAAAUUUUGUGUCCAUUCAAUGGGUGUGGUUUUGAA